AUGUUCCACGCUCCAGUAUUUUUACUAAUCCUUCUGAUUUUGCCAAGACCGUCACAAACGAAUCCAGACAAUCUAGCAUUGUUGACAGGUACUUUGAAGACUAUGCAACGAGCGGCGUGCGAUGACGAAACAGUUUCUUUAGCUUGUCCGAGGGGUACUUCAAUAAGCAUCCAAGUUGCACAGUAUGGUAAAGCUGCCCCCGAAGGUCAUAGCUGUAUUAUGGAGGGAUCAAACUCCCAGCCCGUAGCAGUUGAAGUAGUGGGUGAAGAGAAGUGCUUGUGGCCUAAUUCUAUGCAGUAUUCACUUCUACAAACAGUGGUAGAAGCGUGCCAAAAGAAGCCUCAAUGUAAAUUCAGCACGAAGUCCAAACCAGGGUUGGUGGACCCCUGUCCAUUUGCAAGAAAGUUCGUUGAAGUAGCUUACAAGUGCCGCCCUUAUGAGUUUCGUAGUCGAACGGGUUGUGAAAAUGAAAUAAUUAAGCUAAGCUGCAAUCCACAUUCCAGAAUAGCUAUUUUUGAUGCGCAGUACGGACGAACUACUUAUGAAUCUAUCACAUGUCCUCAAACCCAAGGAGUACUCGAUGAGACUUGCACUGCUCCAUUCGCAGCAGAAGCAGUAAUGCAGAUCUGUCAUGGUAAACGGCAUUGUGAAGUCCUUGCUAAUCAUAAGACUUUUGGCUCUGCUUGCAAGCCAGGUUCGAGGAAUUACCUUAAAAUAGUUUAUGCGUGUGUUCUUACGGAGAAAUAUGAAAGUGCUGCUGAAAAAGAUGAAAUAAUUAGUUUCCGUUCUGGAUCAGAUCAAGAAGAAACUGUUUUCAAUGAAGCCGCUGACACUGGGGAAAAGUGGAGUGAAUCAAAUAUAGUACCUCCAUUAACUGACCCUGCAUCGGUGUCGUCUGCACAAGAUAUUUUUCGUACUGAAAAUGCACCACUCGACCAUACUAUAAAAAUUGCAGAGGAGAAAAAUAAAGAAAACAAAACUUCAGAUUACACUUUAUAUAAAAUACAAAUGUAUACCGUCGCAAGCAUAUUAAUUUUUAGUGUACUAAUAUUAUUUCUGGUUGGAGUUCGAUGCUUUAUUAAACGUCGACAGCAAAACAAUUCAAAAAUUGGUGACAUGUUUUCUACGGAAGCUCCUAAUGUCUUCGAAGAUGGGCAUUCUGAUAUUGAUAAUGAUGUAGAUGUGAGUCACAUUUCCGGAACAUUUUAUGAUCCUGUUCAUCCCGAUAUGAUAUUGUAUAAAGAUUUACCAGGCAAAGGGACACUUAGAGCCAUGCGGCCAUUAUCAACAGUGUAUCCAUGUGCGGGAGCAAGUAUGUAUGGUAAUGUAGAUUUUGUGCCAUCACAGUCAAGAGAUAUGGCAACCAACAGAUUUGAUAGUUACAAAAAAAAAUGA